AUGAAUUGUGCUGAUCAUUUUCCAAAUCCUAUUACUUAGAUAUGUAUAGCUCCUCAUAAAUGUAAAAGCUAAAGGAAACUUUGUGCUGAAUGCGUUGAUGAACAUGGAUAGGACAUUAAAUUUAUAGUUUCAAUUAAAAAAUUUCGAGAAAUGGUUGUCACUAAAUUAGAAGAAGCAGAGCAUGAUUAAAAAAAUGAAUUAAAAAAAUAGAGAAUGAAUUUCAAAUCAGUGCUCACUCAAACUGAAAGUCACAUUAAGAAAAUUUUGGAAGAAUUAUCGCUAUAAAUAUCAUAAAUAUAUGAUAUGAUUGAGAUGAAGGAUAAAUCAUAUUUGAAAAUCAUUAAUGACAAUAUCAAUCCAGCACAAGCGUCAUAUGCAGACUUAGAGAAAUUAGUACAGAUUAUAGGAGGAAAUACAUUAAAUAAAUGGAAGGCUUAGAAAAAUUCUUAUCUGUUAAAGUUGGAAGAAGUGAAGAAUUGGUGGGGUCAAGAAAUUAAGGAUUUUAAUGAAAAGUUGAAGAAAAAAAUUGUGUCAAUAUAUAAGUAAGUAUUUAACCUAUUCAAGAGUUUAAUAAAAUUAACAUGAAGAAGAUUUCGAUGAAGGGAAAGAAGAUCUGUAUGAGUUGUUAACCCACACAAAAGAUAUCGAUGGAAAACUUUUCAAAGGGAUAAUAGAUAUGCUUAAAAAAGAGAAAAUUUCAGAUUGUCUAGAAUUUCUUUCCAAUAUGGAUUCUUAAAAACUUUAUUAUCAAUAUAUCGAUAAUAAUAUAAAUAUGAAUGAUUUAUAAAAUAGCAUUCUGAAAAUUGCAAAGGUUAUCAAAUAUAUUAGUUAACAUAACUUUAAUAAAGAAGACUAUUCCUCUUAAAUUUACUUACAAACUACAGGAGUUCUAAUUCAAAAAAUAUAAUAAGAAAAUAAAAUUAUCGAAUUUUUGAAAUUUUUAGUUCAACUCACAGCUAUGGACAGUAAAUUAAUAUAAUGCGGGUCAAAUUCACUUAAUUUAUUAGUUUAAAUGAAGGUUGAAUUGAAGAAAAUAUGUUUUGAAAAUAUAAAGAUUAAAAACACUUCUUUAGUUGGAGCGAAUCUUGUAAGAUGCAAUUUAAACGGAUCUGAAUUAGAAAAUGUCGAUAUAAGUGGAAUAAACUUGAAUGAAGCUUAAUUAUUUAAUUGUAAAUGGAAAAAUUUGAGAAUACAUGAGUUACAUAAAUUAGAUGGUCAUAAUAAUACUGUCUAUUCAUUAUGCUUCUCUCCAGAUGGUAAUACAUUAGCAUCUGGUAGCAGGGAUAAAUCGAUCCGUUUAUGGGAUGUAAAGACAGGUCAAUAGAAAGUGAAAUUUGAUAUUCAUAGUAACUAUGUAUUAUCAGUAUGCUUUUCUCCUGAUGGUACUAUAUUAGCUUCAGGUAGUAGCGAUUAUUCGAUUUGUUUUUUAGAUGUUAAGACAAGUCAAUAAAAAUGUAUAUUAAAAGGCCAUGAUUAGGAAGUCAACUCGGUGUCCUUUUCUCCUGAUGGUAAAACAUUAGCAUCUGGCAGUGAUGAUAAGUCUAUUCGUUUAUGGGAUGUAUAGACAGGACAAUAAAAAGUGAAAUUAGAGGGUCAUAGUAACUAUGUACUAUCAGUUUGCUUUUCUCCUGACGGCAUCACAUUAGCAUCUGGUAGUAGUGACUCCUCCAUCUGUUUAUGGAAUGUUUUCACAGGAAAACAAAAAUCGAUAUUAAAUGGUCAUAGUAAUGCUGUCCAUUCUCUAUGUUUUUCUCCUAAUGGUAGUACUUUAGCAUCUGGUAGUAGGGAUUAAACUAUCCGACUAUGGGAUGUUAAGACAGGGCAAUCAUUUAUUAAAUUUGAUGGUCAUAGUAAUAGGGUCUAAUCAGUCUGCUUCUCUUCUGAUGGUACUACAUUAGCAUCUGGUAGUUUGGAUAAUUCUAUCCGUUUAUGGGAUAUUAAGACAGGACAAUAAAAAUCUAAAUUUGAUGGCCAUAGUAAUUUUGUUCAAUCUGUAUGCUUCUCUCCUGAUAGUUCUCUAUUAGCAUCUGGCAGCAGUGAUUUCUCUAUCCGUUUAUGGGAUGUUAAGACUGGCCAAGCUAAAUAACAAUUAGAUGGUCAUAUUAGUCACGUUCGAUCGGUUUGUUUCUCUCGCGAUGGUGAUACAAUAGCAUCUGGUAGUAGUGAUUUCACAAUCAGUUUAUGGGAUGUUAAGACUGGAAAAUUAUAAUUGAAAUUAGAAGGUCAUACUAAUUAGGUCCUAUCAGUUUGUUUCUCUCCUGAUGGUACUAUAUUAGCAUCUGGUAGUAGUGAUUUCUCCAUCAGUAUAUGGGAUAUUUAAACAGGAAAAUAAAAAUGGAAAUUAAAUGAGAAUGAUGAUUAGGUUAGUUCAGUCUGCUUUUCUCCUGAUGGUACUACUUUAGCAUCUGGUAGCAGGGAUAAUUCUAUCCGUUUAUGGAAUGUCAAAACUGGAAAAUAAAAAUUGAAAUUAGAUGGUCAUAAGGAUUGGGUUCAAUCGGUGUGUUUCUCUCCUGAUGGUUCUAUAUUAGCGUCUUGUAGUGAUGAUAAAUCUAUUUUUUUAUGGGAUGUGAAGAUAUGGCAAUAAAAAUUAAGAUUAGAUGGACAUAGUGAUUAUGUCCGAUAAGUUUGCUUUACUCCAGAUGGUUCUAUAUUAGCCUCUAGUAGUGAUGAUAAAUCUAUCCUUAUAUGGGAUGUUUAAACAGGAAAAUAAAAAUAUAAAUUAGAUGGUCAUAGUAAUACAAUCUAUUCAUUAAGUUUAUCUCCUGAUGGUACUAUAUUAGCAUCUGGUAGCCGGGAUAAUUCUAUCCGAUUGUGGGAUAUCUAGACAGGAAAAUAAAAAUCAAAAUUAGAAGGUCAUAGUAAUACAGUCUAUUCACUCUGUUUCUCUCCUGACGGUAGUACAUUAGCAUCUGGCAGUAGGGAUAAUUCUAUCCGUUUAUGGGAUAUUAAGACAGAAAAAUAAAAUUUUAAAUUAGAUGGUAAAAUUGAUUAUGUCCCAUCCAUAUGCUACUCUCGUGAUUAUACUAAAUUAGCAUGUUGUAAUGAUGAUAAUACUAUCUGUAUAUGGGAUGUCUAGACAGGAAAAUAAAAAUCAAAAUUAGAAGGUCAUAGUAAUACAGUCUAUUCGCUCUGUUUCUCUCCUGACGGUAGUACAUUAGCAUCUGGCAGUAGGGAUAAUUCUAUCCGUAUAUGGGAUGUUAAGACAGGAAAAUAACAAAUAAAAUUAGAUGGUUAGAGUAAUACAGUCUAAUCACUGUACUUCUCUCCAGAUGGUACUAAAUUAACAUCUACUAGUAGUGAUAACAUUAUCUGUUUAUGGAAUGUUAAGACUGGAAAAUAAAUUUAAACUUCGGAUUAAAUUUACAAUGAUAAAGCUACAUUGUUCUAAUCCUUACUUUAAAAUAAUUAUUUUUCAGAAGAAGGUGGUAUUCAUUUUAUCUUUAUUUAGUAAAUUCAAAUUUAACUAUUCUUGUUAUUUCCUAAUAUCCCAACUUAUAAGCAUAAAGAGCUUUAAUUUUUAAAGGAGAAUUUGUAAAUCAUUAAGGGAUAGAUUUAAGAUAAUUAUUGUAAUAACGAGGAAGCUACAUUUUGGAAAGCUAACUAUAAAUUUUAUAAAACACAAUUAAAAAUUGA